UCCUCGGAUGCAGCUCGAGUUUUAGGAAUGUGUGUCAGAGUUCGGAAGAAUAACUCGUCUUUCUGUUGCUGUCCUGUCCUCAGAUAGACGGCUGUCUGGGACCAGAGGCUCGGUUUGCACCGCCGUCAGAACCUGAAGGAACACGCUGGCUCCGGUUCCGGUCUUUACUUGGCGCCGUUUAGAACUAACAGGGCUGUUUGGGGUUCGUUUCUGUUGCUUCUCUAUAGUGUAAAACAGAAGGACCUUAUGAGGGUCUCCAUGUGAUGGAAUGAUGCCAGCCCAGGACGGUGUUGGGAGCGACUGCAGCCCUGGAGGCUGAUGACCCCGCCCCAUUGGCCAGCCAGGAUGCACAUAGCCUCGGUGGGCGUCAGUAAGUCCUGCUUUCUGUUCUCUCUUGCUCUCUGCUCCCUCCUGUUGCUGCUCAUCCCGGCCCUCCAGUCGCCCCCCCGCCAGCUGGAGCCGCCUCAGCCCCGACCCCACGCUAAGUCUGUCUCAGCAGAGCAGACUCACCAUGACGACCUACCAGCAGGUACCGCCAGCGCUGGCGGUACCGACAUGGCCACAGGGCUCAGUAGGAGUUCAGAGGUCAUAGGAGCAGCUGCUAGAACUGACGUUCACUCUCCCAAGAGAACUGUGGAAUCAGGGCCUAGGAAUACUGACCAGCUGGAGCUGAAGGACAUUUUCAUCGCAGUGAAGACCACCAGGAAGUACCACAGGUCCAGACUGAAGCUGCUGAUCCAGACCUGGGUGUCCCAAGCCAAGGAACAGACCUACUUCUUCACUGAUGGUGACGACAGGGAGCUGCAGCUGAAGACAGGAACUAACAUCAUCAACACCAACUGCUCAGCUGCUCACAACCGACAGGCUCUGUGCUGCAAGAUGUCUGUGGAGUACGAUAAAUUCAUCGAGUCCCAGAAGAAGUGGUUCUGCCAUGUGGAUGAUGAUAACUAUGUGAUCCUGCCCAGUCUGCUGCGACUGCUGUCCUCAUACCAUCACAGCCAGGACAUCUACCUGGGCCGGCCCAGUCUGGACCAUCCCAUAGAGGCUGCAGAGAGGGUGAAGAGCGACGGAACGGUGUCUGUGAAGUUCUGGUUCGCCACAGGGGGAGCGGGGUUCUGCAUCAGUCGAGGUCUGGCUCUGAAAAUGAGCCCCUGGGCCAGUUUGGGGAACUUCAUCACCACGGCAGAAAAGAUCCGCCUCCCAGAUGACUGCACCAUCGGCUACAUCAUCGAAGCGCUGCUGGAGGUCACACUCACUCACACACACCUGUUCCACUCUCACCUGGAGAACCUGCAGAAGCUGCCCGUUCCCACCGUGCUCCAGCAGGUCACUCUGAGUUAUGGAGGCUUUGAGAACAGAAGAAACGUGGUCAGCAUCGUUGGGGGCUUUUCUCUGACUGAAGACCCCACCAGGUUUAAGACGGUCCACUGCCUUCUGUACCCAGACACUGAGUGGUGUCCAAAGUUAACACCUGGACACACAAACUGAACAUCCUGGAAACAACUCAGCCCAAGUGUUUCAGCAAUAAUUCAAUAUGUCAAAAAUAACUACCCUGUUCCUGGACUGAUGUCA